AUGACCCCAGACUCGUCGCAAGCGUCGAAAUCUGGCCAGGUACCGGACGUGGAAGCUCAAGGACCGCCAUCACCAGUCCAAGACAGGCCAGAGACCGAACAAGAUGGCAUCGAUAGCUUUCAGGAUAACAGCAACGUACCACAAAUGUCGUUGAUCAAGCUGUUCUGGUUUUUCUUCUACAACUUCGGUCUCUUUGCCUGGGGUGGGCCUGUGGCUCAGAUAGCCCUGAUCAAGGACAAACUGGUGAUUCAGGAUAAAUGGAUCACAUUACCCAGAUUCCAGCGAGUCUUCUCUGUCUACCAGAUCCUUCCGGGACCUGAAGCCGCGGAACUUUGCAUGGUCUUUGGUUGUUUAUCGGCCGGUCGAAUUGGUGGGAUUGUUGCUGGCAUUGCGUUCAUCCUGCCUGGGUUUAUCCUCAUGCUGCUGGCCUCUUACCUGUAUUCAUUGGCGGGGUUUGAGAACAAGUACUUCAACGCUUCUUUUAGAGCUGUUCAACCUAUCGUUUCUGCCAUGAUUCUCCGAGCCACUCACAAAAUCGCCGACCACUGCGUCAUCAAUCAUGCCACACACAAAGUAAACCACUGGCUAGUCAUUGCCGGCCUUUGCACCGCUCUCAACAGCGCACUUCGCAUCAAUAUUUUCAUAUCCCUCGGCCUGUAUGGAAUCAUCUACUCCUUCAUCGCUCGGCGGAAAUGGAUCAUCUCUGGGAUCCUCUUCGUCCUCCAAUAUGUUGCCUAUGCGGUCUACGUCGUGUUCCGUGGCGUCCCAUCCCCCGUCUCCCUCGCACUCGGCAUUGCCAAAACCCCCAGUCUGCCCAAUCUGCUCGUCCUGGGCCUUGUUGCUGGCACCCUCUCCUUCGGAGGCGCGUAUACCGCCAUUCCCUUUAUCCAGGUCGAAGCAGUGUUGAAGGGCGGAUGGCUACCCGCACAUGUUUUCCUCGAUUGCAUAGCCAUUGGCAAUGUCCUCCCGGCGCCAUUGGUUAUCUUUGCAACUUUUGUUGGUUUCCACGGCGGGUUGAAGGAUGGGCUUGGUAACGCCUUUGCUGGCGCUGUGAUCAUCACACUAGGGAUGUUUGCUCCGUGUUUCAUUUUCACAAUUGCGGGCCAUGAAUUGUUGGAGAAGUUGGUUAGGAAUAAGAAGAUCGAAAUAACCAGCUACUUUCAAACUUUUUCGACGGACUGUGUGGAGCUGUCAUCGGAGUAA